AUGAAUCCACUUGGUCUAAGUUCAAGAGCUUUUUUUUGUUGUGUGGUUGUGUUUAUUCUAAUUGGAGGAGUACCAUUCUCUUCAAAUGCACAACUUGAUCCAUCUUUUUACAGCUCAACUUGUCCAAACGUUAGCUCCAUUGUUCGUGGAGUUCUAACGAAUGUUUCUCAGACAGAUCCUCGUAUGCUUGCGAGUCUCAUCAGGCUUCACUUUCAUGACUGUUUUGUUCAAGGUUGUGAUGGCUCAGUUUUGCUGAAUGAUACAGCUACAAUAGUGAGUGAGCAAACUGCACCGGCGAAUAAUAACUCCAUAAGAGGUUUGGAUGUUGUGAAUCAGAUCAAAACUGCGGUGGAAAAUGCUUGUCCUAAUACUGUUUCUUGUGCUGAUAUUCUUGCUCUUUCUGCUGAAAUAUCCUCUGAUCUGGCUCAAGGUCCUACUUGGCAAGUUCCAUUGGGAAGAAGGGAUAGUUUAACAGCAAAUAAAACCCUUGCUACUCAAAAUCUUCCAGGCCCCACUUUCAACCUUAGUCUACUAAAAUCUACCUUUGCUAUUCAAAACCUCAAUACAACCGAUCUAGUCGCACUCUCAGGUGGUCAUACAAUUGGAAGAGGACAAUGCAGAUUUUUCGUCGGCCGAUUAUACAAUUUCAACAGCACUGGAAAUCCUGAUACGACUCUCAACACAACCUAUUUACAAACAUUACAGUCAAUAUGUCCAAAUGGUGGACCUGGUACAAAUCUCACAGACUUGGACCCUACCACACCUGAUACAUUUGACUCAAACUAUUACUCCAAUCUACAAGAUGGAAAGGGUUUGUUUCAGAGUGACCAAGAGCUUUUUUCCACUACUGGUGCUGAUACUAUUGCUAUUGUCAAUAGUUUCAUCAAUAAUCAAACUCUCUUCUUUGAAAACUUUGUGGCAUCAAUGAUAAAGAUGGGAAACCUUGGAGUUUUGACUGGAACUCAAGGGGAAAUUAGAACACAAUGUAAUGCUGUGAAUGGAAAUUCUUCUUCUGGUUUGGCUUCUGUGGUUACCAAAGAAUCAUCAGAAGAUGACUUGGCUAGCUCAUUCUGA